CUGAAGCAUUUGCCAGCAACACUAACACCGAAGUAUAAAAUACACUACGCUUUAGUGGAUGUGAAUUUUAAACCAAUACUUCUAGAUAUGAGGUACUAUCGCCCAAGAAGAAACAGUGUAAAGCAACCUCAUUUAUUGCCAGCGUAACGUGAUGAAGUUGGACCCCGCCACCUUGAAGACUUCCAUUGGCUAGACUUACCAAAGUCAUCGCCAUUCUAUUUCCUUUCGGUGCCGAGGAAAACGCAAACAAAUCCGAUAAAGACAGCGAAAGAGCAUCGCAAUUCUCCAGCCUCUGCCGCUUUUCUGAAUCCCACAUUAGAUUCAGAAAGGAUCCACAUCUCGCUGCAAUUAAACCCGGUGGAGAUUUGAGCACCUGAAGGAGAAUGAAGAGAAAGAGGGAUUCCCCAGAUGCAGUGACCAUGUCUGCCUGUGUCGAUGAUGGCAAUUCGUCUUCAGGGACUGAAUUUGAGGUGUUUUUGAGUUUCAGAGGCCCGGAUACUCGCCUCAAUUUCACCGAUUGUCUCUAUCACUCCUUAGUCAAAGCUGGGGUUCGUGUUUUUAGAGACGAUGAAGAGAUCCGAAAGGGAAAAAAGAUUGAAGGUGAACUUUUGCAUGCCAUUGAAUCCUCCAAAAUAUACUUGCCCAUCUUCUCUAGGAACUAUGCAUCCAGUAAGUGGUGUCUUCGCGAGCUCACACACAUGCUGGAGUCCUCGAGCAAAGCGAAUGACAAAGUGAUCCUACCCAUUUUUUAUGACGUAAACCCUGAUGAUGUAAAGCUUAAAACUCAAUUGUACCUCAAUGCUCUAAAGAAACACCAGAAGAAGUUAAGCCACGAUGAGGUUUGGCAAUGGAGGGAAGCUUUGACCAAGGUCGCAAGAAUCAAGGGAUGGGACAUGAAAGACAAAAGCCAUGGUGAAAUCAUCAACACUAUUGUUGAUGAGGUUUUGACCAAGCUAAUGAAAAGAAUGCGAAAUCUGCCUGAUCAUUUAGUUGGGAUUCAUGGUCAUGUUGAAGCUAUCAUGGACAUGUUAAAUGAAGGUUCUUGUGAUGUUCGUUACCUGGUCAUCCAUGGAAUGGGCGGUAUCGGUAAGACAACUCUCGCAAGUGUUGUCUUUAAUAAAAUCUCCAAUCAAUUUCAAGGUUGUAGCUUCCUUUUGGACAUUCGCGAAUCUACGCAACAGGGUAGAAUUGUUGACUUACAAAAACAGUUGUUAUUAGAGAUUCUCCAAGGUGGAUCUCUAGGGAUCCAAAAUUCUGUUGAUGUAGGGAUUAACACAAUUAGAGAAAGAUUUCGUGGUAAGAAAGUUCUCCUUGUUCUCGAUGACGUGGGUAAUAGGGAUCAACUCUCUAAGCUAGCCGGAAAGAGUGAUUGGUUUGGUCCAGGAAGUAGAAUCAUCAUUACAACGAGGGACAUCAACUUUUUGCCAAUCAAAGGGAAGGACAAAGAGAGUAGUUUCCAAGCACAUUCUCAAGAGUUUCAAAUCUAUAAAAUGACAGAAAUGGAUUCUUUCCAUGCUCGUCAGCUUUUUAUUAAACAUGCCUUCAGGAUGGAUUUACCACCACAUGACUUUGUUGAUAUCUCAAGGCAAAUUACAACCAAAACAGGUGGACUUCCUUUAGCUCUUGAGGUUAUCGGUGCCUCACUUUAUCGCGAGAGCAAAAAGUUUUGGAAAGGCACUUUGCAGAAGUUAGAGUUGGUGCCCAACCAGGAAGUCUUCAACAAAUUAAAGAUCAGUUAUGACAUGUUGGAGCCUCACCAGAGAGAGAUCUUUCUUGAUAUUGCGUGUUUCUUCAUUGGAGAAGAUAGACUCCACCCGUACUAUAUGUGGAAAGCUUCCAACUAUUUUCCAACAAGGGAACUACCUGUCCUGACUCGUAUGUCUUUGAUAAAAAAUUAUGAUAGAUUGUGGAUGCAUGAUCAACUUAGAGAUCUUGGAAGAGAAAUUGUUCAACGUGAGGACAUCAAUUUUCCAGGGAAGCAUAGUAGGUUGUGGGAGCCCAAGAUUGCCUUUGAUGUGGUUCGGAUGAAAGAGGGGACAGACAAAAUCGGAGCACUUAGAUUAACAAAACUUUGCAAAGGGCACAGUUUCACAAGUGAAGAAUUUUCAAAGCUGCCCAAUCUAAGGUAUUUGGAAUUAGAGUGCAAGAACUUGGUAGGGGACUUUAAGAAUCUUCUCUCCAAGUUAACAUGGCUCUCUUGGAGUAAUUGCCCGUCAGAACUAAACGCGACGAAUUUGUGUCUCAAGAAAUUAGCCGUGCUCAAGCUUUCGGGAAUUAACAUUACUGAAGAUUGGGCUGGAUGGGGGUCAUGCUUGAUGAGCGAGAACUUGAAAGUUAUAGAAAUUAACUCUGAGUCAGGCUUAAAGAGGAUUCCUGACUUCUCAAAAUGUUUGAAUUUGAAGAGAUUGGUUAUUCGACAAAGUACAAACUUGCUAGCGGUUGAUGGCUCUCUCUCUAAACUAGAGCACCUGAAGCACUUGGAAAUCAUCUCUAACGGAUUCUUGAAGAGGGACGAUUGCAACCUUUGUCCAGUGUAUUUUGUAUUCGGUAGUCUAAUAUCACUGUCAAAUCUGCAAAUAAGAGGGAUGCGCUUGCGAGAACUUCAUCAUCCCAUUGGAGGAAUGAUAUGUCUAAAGCAUUUGUCUUUAGAUAAUCGUUCUUUGCUUAGAACACUUCCAAACUCCAUUGGAAAUCUUAAAAUGUUGAGGACGAUGAGUCUUAUAGGAACUCCAAUAAAGAAGCUACCGAACACAAUAGGAAAAUUAGAAUCUUUGCUUGAGCUAUAUUUGGACUGGACAAAAAUAAAAAAAUUACCUGUUUCUAUUGAGAAUCUUAAAAAGUUGAGGGAAAUGAGCCUUACUCACACUCCUAUAAAGAAGCUACCGAACCAAAUAGGAAAAUUAGAAUCUUUGCUUGAGCUAUAUUUGGACUGGACAAAAAUAAAAAAAUUACCUGUUUCUAUUGAGAAUCUUAAAAAGUUGAGGGAAAUGGGCCUUGCUCACACUCCUAUAAAGAAGCUACCGAACCAAAUAGGAGGGCUAGAGUCUUUGUUAAGGCUAAGAUUACAAGGCACGGAUAUCACAGAAUUACCUGCUUCUAUUGGAGAUCUCAAACGGUUGACGUAUUUAUGUCUAGACAAAUGUGCAAUCAGAGAGCUACCAAAGGCCAUAGGGAUGCUAAAGAAGCUUGUAUCUUUGGAUGUGAGAUUCUGUGAAAAUAUGGAGGAAGCAAUUCCAAGUGAAAUUGGGGAUCUAUCUUUUUUAAGGGCCCUACAUUUGACAAAGAGCAAGAUUAAGAGGUUGCCCCCGACUAUGAGUAAGCUUUCUCAUCUCCAAAUUCUUUGUUUGGAUCAAUGUGAUGAACUUGAACAGUUGCCAGAGCUCCCUGUGAGUUUGAAGAAGUUAAAGAUCUCAUCUCAUUUAUUGUGGACAGCCCUUGACCUAACAUACCUGACUAACUUAGACGAUCUUCAUAUAUGGGGCGAUACUCCUAGGUUGUCGGAAUUCAAACAAGGAGUUCCAAAGAUAGAGUGGAUCGAAGGAUUAUCUAAUCUAAGGACAUUGACAAUUGUCGUUGGAGAUGUCACAUUUCCUCCGAUUAAUUUGGCUACUCUUUCGCGGCUUUGUAAUCUUGAGAUAACUUGUGUUGUCACGCGAUCUCUAAUGGGGCUUCCAUCCGGUCUUAGAGAUUUGACUCUAUAUGAUUUGAAGUCACCCAUGGGAAGGUCACUCUUUUCCAAUUUGAGAAAUCUGUUCUGGUUGAGCCUUGUUAAUUGUCGGCCGAGGGAAGUCGAAUUUGAUGAUGUGCUUGGACAGCAACUGAAGAAACUCUGUUUUUCGCAUUUGAAGAAUGGUUGCCUUGGGUUGAUGGAGACUCGAGGUCUGGAGAAAUUGGAAUCAUUAGAGGCAUUAUCUUUUUUGGGAUGCGAUUCCUUGAAAGAGUUGCCUGAUUUAUCAAAAUUGAAGAAGCUGCGUUCUGUGGAUGUGCCGGAUCAUCUUCCGGAAAAGUUGGUUUAUCCACGUCUUCCAGACACGUGGGAAGAAGGCCAGAUUUCAUGUGAUCGGACCGACCAAAAGUCAAAAAUUUACCGCCAUUUAAAAAAAAAUUGGGACUGACUGACUGAGCGUUUCUUCUUCUGAGUCUCUUUCUUCGCGCCUCUCUCACUCUACUCUCCCUCUCUCUCUCUC